CACGAAUUUGCCGUUUGUCCCGCUUGGCUGCCCUCGCCUUUCAUGUAUAGGCUCCUGUUUCGACGACCAUCUCUGACCCGAAACUUUGGCGCCAUUACGGCCACGUUCACGUCCACCAACGCCAUGCAUAUCCAGUCGAUUCCUAUGUGGGUGGGUAGUGGUAAUAACUACGCCUACCUGGUACGAGACGAGAAGACCAAAGACGCCGUCAUUAUCGACCCUGCUAACCCCCCAGAAGUUGCUCCCGUCCUCAAGAGUGCCAUGGAGGCGGGCGAGAUUAAUCUGACAGCCAUCGUGAACACACACCACCAUUGGGAUCAUGCAGGGGGAAACAAUAACCUGCUCGCAGCCCUCAAACUGGACAAGUUGCCCAUCAUCGGGGGAAAGGACUGCCAGGGCGUCACUGAGGCACCCGCACACGGCUCCACCUUCAACAUUGGCAGUAUCUCUGUCAAGGCACUACACACGCCCUGUCACACCCAGGACAGCAUCUGCUGGUUCAUGCAAGACGGCGACGACAAGGUUGUCUUCACGGGAGACACCCUCUUCAUCAGCGGAUGUGGCAGGUUCUUCGAGGGUGAUGCCGAAGAAAUGCACAAGGCAUUGAACGAAACGCUUGCAUCCUUGCCUGACGAUACGGUCGUCUACCCUGGACACGAGUACACCAAGUCUAAUGUCAAGUUCACGGUAUCGGUGCUGCAGAACGAUGCCAUCCGCAAGUUACAGGACUUCGCCGAGAACAACCGGGAGACACAAGGCAAAUUCACUAUCGGUGACGAGAAGAAACACAACGUUUUCAUGCGUGUUAAUGACCCCAAAGUUCAAAAGGCGACGGGCGAGAGUGAUCCCGUGUCGGUGAUGGCCAAGCUGCGGGAAAUGAAGAACAAUCUCAAGUGAGUGAGAUAGCAAGUGAGACUGAGCUACACCCGCACGUCCUCGCACAGGAUCAUCGCUUGUCUUGGGCUUGCAAACACGAACAAGCAUGCAAUUAAUUAAAUACGAGCUCAAAACCAAGGGGGUGUAAAAUGAGCUUAAAGCUGACGGGAUGGCUUCUUCCACUAUGGCGUAGCCCUCCCCCGGAGGCUAAGAUCUAGGAUGUGUACCGUUGGUCAGUUCCGAGCGAGCGAGAUAAUGUGGGAGUGAGAACUAAGCAGUUGCUCGACUCAAAAGUGGGUUACAACAUGGU